AUUUGUGGUGGAGAUGUAUGCUAACUUUGAUUGUGACACAACUUGCAGUAAUAUCUUUGAAGACAUUGCUAAUUUGUUGUCCAAGAGUGCAUUUCCUGUGAACAGUCCAUUAUCUUCCUUGAAUAUUCUUGCUUUGGAUGGUCUAAUUGCCAUCAUACAAGGAAUGGCUGAAAGGAUAGGUAAAGGAUCUUUGAGUUCAACACAUUCUGUUGAGAAUCUUGAAGAAUACACUCCAUUCUGGCUUGAAAAUUAUGAAAACUUCACUGUGCCAACAAACCUUCCUAUUGUCAAUGAAGUCUUAAAUAGCCUGAGAGCUACGCGGAUACCACACACGUGUCCGCUUGCCAGGAUAAGACCUCUUGUUGGAAGAUAUGUGCCGCCUGAAGUUGUUGAUGUUCGGGUGCCACUUUUGCAUUUGUUAAAUUUCCAAAUUAAUGAUUGGCCUGAUCUUUCAGCAAAAAGCUUUGCAAUCAUGGUUCUCAUUCUCCCUACUGAUAGUGCUAGAAAGUGGCGAGAUCAUGAGUUGGAGCUUAUCGAUGUUGUUGCAGAUCAGGCAGCAGUUGCCCUUUCACAUGCUGCUAUUAUGGAGGAGUCUAUGCGAGCCCGUGAUCAACUCGUGGAACAGAAUGUUGCUUUAGAUUUAGCUCGGCGAGAAGCUGAAAUGGAAAUUCAUGCUCGCAAUGAUUUCCUUGCAGUCAUGAAUCAUGAAAUGAGGACACCAAUGCAUGCAAUUAUAGCAUUGUCAUCACUUCUUUUAGAGACGAAACUGACUCCAGAGCAGAGGGUUAUGAUAGAAACUGUAUUGAAGAGUAGUAAUGUUUUGGCAGCACUUAUCAACGAUGUUUUAGAUCUAUCCCGACUGGAAGACGACAACCUUGAAUUAGAAAUGGGGAAAAUCAACCUUCACGGUGUCUUAGAAGAGGUCAUUGAACUGAUAAAGCCUAUUGCAUAUGUAAAAAAAUUACCUAUUACUUUAAUUCUGGCCCCUGAUCUACCUGAUAAUGCCAUUGGUGAUGAAAAACGGCUUAUGCAAACACUUUUAAAUGUUGUGGGUAUUGCUGUCAAAUAUACUAAGGAAGGCUAUGUUUCUAUCAGAGCUUCUAUUGCAAAACCAGAAUCCUUGCAAGAUUGGCGACCGCCUGAGUUCUAUCCAGCAUCAAGUGAUGGUCAUUUCUAUAUACGAGUCCAGGUUAAGGAUUCUGGAUGUGGCAUUCUCCCACAAGAUAUUCCGUAUCUCUUCACGAAGUUUACUCGAUCUCAGAGUGGAGCGGGUCGAUCCAGCAGUGGCUCAGGUCUUGGGCUAGCCAUUUGCAAAAGAUUUGUAAAUCUCAUGGGUGGUCACAUUUGGAUGGAAAGCGGAGGACCUGAUAAAGGAAGCACAACUACAUUUGUAGUCAAACUUGGGAUUUGUGGCAAUCCAGAUUCAUCUGAUCAUCAAGCUACAACCAGAGGUCAGAUAUAG